AUGGGCUUCGCCGAAUCCGCCAGAUCUUGGAAGCUCAUUGACAAUCACAUCCUCCGAGCCGAGUGUCCCAAUCGUGCUGGUGAAUGGAUCGAAAGCGACCUUGACCUGGACACAUGCCUCGGCAAUGAAAACGGUGCGUUCCAGUGGGGUGGAAAAGACUUUUCGGGGAAGGCGGGCGAGAUAAAGCUUGAUGGGGUUUUUCUGACGGCGUGGCUGCCUGCGAGGGAUGGUCAGAUGAAGGGUGAGUAUGUCAUUCUUGAUAAUCGCAUUAGUAACGAUGAUGGCAAGCUACACUUUGCUUAG